AUGCAGAGAGUAUAUUAUAGAUCAAGAAAAAAAAUUGUUCGUGAUAUACCAAUGGAGGUCCUGGAACAUAUAUUGUGCAGACUUCCAGUGAAAACUCUACUCCAAUUCAGAUCCGUGUGCAAAUCCUGGUAUGCAAUCAUCACUUCUCCUACCCUUAUUUCCAUUCAUGCCAAUUGGUUUUCCAACAAUCAAUUUGGAUAUUUAAUCAAACAUCGGGGACCCGAAAUCUCAAGUUUAGAUAAAUCAAUGUUUAAUCUGAUAGAGAAACUUGAACUUCCUCAUCAUCAUCUCAAAUCUUUUGAAUUCAAUUUGGUUGGUUCAUGUAAUGGUUUACUUUGCUUGACAAAAGAGUUUGUGGCAAACAAUAAGUUUCCUAGUACAUAUAUAUGGAACCCUUCUAUUAGGGUUUGCAAGGAACUUCCACUACCACCUCUACAAAUCAUCACUUUUAUUGAUAAAAAUCUUAUUAGCUAUGAAUGUGCUUCUGGGUUUGGUUUUGAUGGUCAGACAAAUGACUAUAAGGUUUUCCAUAUUGUUCGUGCAAAAUCAAAUUUGGAAGAUUUUGUUAUAAUCAAUUUGGUUUAUUCUAGUAAAAAUCAAUCAUGGAGAGUGGUAGAGGCUGCACAUGAUGAUUAUGAUCAAUUUGCAUUUCCAUCACCAUAUAUUGGGUGCCGUACAUCUUUUAAUGGUGCUUUUCAUUGGAUACCAAAUUGGGAUUCUAAAUCAAGAUCGAUCAUGCGGUUUGAUUUUUGUGAUGAAACUAUUAGGAAAACAAAGCUGCCAUUAGCUAAUAAGAAUGAAAUAGUGAUGUGCAUUGGAUCACUCAAGAACUCACUUGUUGUGUUCGUUUCCGAUGCUCUAGAUGGGAAAUUCUGGACUAUACCAUGCAGAAUCAAUACAUGGGUGAUGAUGAAGAAAGGCGAGAUGACAACAACGCCAUGGAUUCAUCAAUUUUCAGUGCCAAUUGAAGCAGGACUCGCAUGGCCGCUGAAUAUUGGAUUGAAUGGUGAAAAUUUAUUUUUCUUGAAAUUUUAUAUGAUGAAAAAUUCCAGCUGGUCUUAUCGACUUGGUAUCUAUGAUAAUGAGAAGAAAAAAAUCAGUGAGGUGGAUACUCAUAUUCGUGGGAUGUUUACUUAUUCAGAAAGCCUAUUCCUCUUAGGAGAAGAGACCAAGUACUAG